AAUGCACACCAAAAUAAAUGGCAAAGCAAUAAUCAUAUAAAACAAGCAACAAAGGAGACAGAACGGUAGUCCAGUUUUGAAUUUCAAUCAAUACACCCACAGUCCCCAAACCAUCAAAUCCAACAUGUUCACCAAGCUGAUCUGCAUCGCCGCCCUGGCCAUCUCGUGCGUUUGUGCCAAGCCCGGACUCGCGGUUGCCCCGGCGGCCUACGCUGCCUACAGUGCUCCGGUUGUGGCCGCGGCCGGUCCCGCCUUCGUGACCGCCCAGAGCUCGCAGGUCGUUGCCCGGAACUACAACGGAAUCGCGCCGCUGGCCUACACCGCCGCCCCCGUUGCCGCUCCCCUGGCGUACGCUCCGGCCGUGGCCAAGGUCGCCGCUCCGGUGGCCUAUGCUGCUGGCCCAGCUCCUCUGGCCUACACCGCCCCGAUUGCCCCGGUGGCACGUGCCUUCGCCGCUCCUUAUGCUGCUGCCCCAUUCGGUGUCGCGCCUUAUGCUGCCGCUCCGUUCGCCGCCGCCCCCUAUGUGGCGUCCCCGUACGCGGCCUACCGGUACAACCCGUACCUGCUAAUGUUCACCAAACUGUUCUUCAUUGCCUCGCUGGCCAUCGCCUGCGCCAGUGCCAAGCCCGGACUCGUGGCCCCUGCCCUGGCCUACAGCGCCCCUCUGGUGGCGGGAGCUCCUGCCCUGGCGGCCUACACCGCCGGAUACGCCGGACUGGCCCACGUUGGAGACUCGGCCGUGGUCACUUCGCACAACUCGCAGGUCAUCAACCCGGCCUAUGCUGCCUACACGGCUGCCGCUCCGUUUGCGUACGCAGCCAGCCCUGCCCUGGCUGGGGCUCCUCUGGCGUACACGGCCGCUUCCCCGUACGUUGCCCCUUAUGCCGCUCCGUACGCCUAUGGACGGUAUCUGCUGUAAAAAGUGGUGAUAGAAGACCGAGGAUUUAGGACAAUUGACGGCUGGAAAUGAUUCAUAAAUAAAGUACAAAUCAUAUUCAACAAAAAUUAUA